AUGAAAGUAAUCACUAAAAGCUCGACAAGUAGAAUCAAACGAUUACACAACUGUGUUCUAAAACUAAACAUCUAUUGUGACGAAAGUGAUUCACCACUCAUUGAUCAAUUAUUGUCGACACGAAUAUUCCUCAUUCUGUUAUUCCUCCUUCUGCUUCUUAUUAUAGUUUAUAUCAUUCUUAGUGUUCAAACUCAUUCGGUGACUAUUCAGUCUCCCUCGGAAUCCACUUUCACGCAACUGUUUCAACAGUAUCCAAGCACACUCUCAUGCCCAUGUUCACACACAUCUGUUCGACAUGAUCAGUUCCUCUUGCUCAAUCCUCAGUAUCAUCCCAUUUGUACAAGUCAAUUAGUUAAUCAGUCAUUUAUUCCAUUAUUAUCUUCUGUGAAUGUGAGUCAGCAUCGCACCACUGAUUAUCGAACAAUGGCAACAUCUCAUUUUCAAAUUCUUGCUUUACUUUGUCAGACAGUUCGACAAAUGAUUGAUGAUUCUUUCAGUGAAUUCUUCUCACAGCAUUUCACUACUUCAGAAGUUGUGUCAAAUGAAACAUUCAAUGUUCAGAUGAAUCAUCUUGUAGAACAACUAAAAACAACAAAUAUUGCCAAUCUAAAACAUACCAGCGAUUUUCUUUGGUUGAACGUGUUCUACAAUGCAAUUCACUCGGGAUUGAAGACAAACUUUUACAUUAAACAUUCGGAUGGUAAUCAUUUAACCUACGGUUCGUAUUCUUAUUCUUCUUCGAAUGCGAACUGUAAUUGUUAUCGAUCUGCUGAUUGCACUGCACAAGCUACAAUCAGAAAGUUAGUAUCGUCUAAUGCAACUGUAAAUACAACGACGGCUGUGCAGAAUCCAAUCAGACUCUUUAACAUACCUGGUCUAAAAGUUGGUUGUCUGCCAUACAACUCAUUACUUCAAUCAACUCUUCAAUGUUUCUUCAAUCAGUCAUGCAUCGCUCGAAUUCAAGAGUACCUCCCUGCAUUAGUCUUCGUCUCUCGGCUCUCUGCUCACUCUCGUUUCCAACAAAAUGCCACAGUCGAGCAUCUUCUCGAUCAACUCUUCAUCGAAUCAUGGAACCAAAUCAACAAUUUCACGGCUUAUUUUCAAAGUUGUUCUCCUCACUCAUGCACAUAUUCAUAUGAUCAACGAUUCAAUAUUCUUUAUGUCAUUGUCAAACUUAUUGGUAUUUUCGGUGGCUUGAAGAUGGUGUUGAAGUUUUCUGCUCCACUCAUUGUCAAACUUAUUCGACGUGUUCAAACGUGUCGAUGCAUUUCUAAGACAGUGGACAAAAAUGAAAUACCUGUUCAACAAAAUGAAAUAGAUGCAAAGCGGUAUCUUGCAUGUCUUGUACAGAAAAUGGAAACAAAACUGAAGACAUUGAAUCUGUUUCCAUUGUUGUCUGAUGAAAUAGAUGGAUUGUAUUCAACACGACUUUACAUCAUCUCGUAUAUCAUUGGAAUCAUCGCGUUAGUCUUCUAUACUUCGAUAUCAGUUCAGAUGCGAAGUAUCACUGUAUAUGAGCCAAGUUUAAUCGAAUAUGAACGAUUGUAUGCGGAAUAUGGCAGAACAUUGAUCUGUCCGUGUAGUCAUCUGUCUAUGUCUUAUCUUUCGAUUAUUCAUCUCGAAGUCGAAUAUCAUCAAGUAUGUUCGAGCCAGUUUGUCGACGACAAUGCUUGGCUGUCAUAUUUUAAUACGACUAUUCAUUCCUUAUUUUCGUUGGAUUUUCGAAUUGAAGGUUCAAGGCUAUUUCGUAUACUUCAGUCAUUAUGUGGAUUGUCGAAUGAAACAGUAAGAAAUCAACUACGCGUGUUCAAUGAAACGCAAUUCAUCAAUGCACAUGUUGUGUCAAGAGAUACAUUCGAUAUUCAAACAUCCAUUCUAAUUCUUCAAUUACAACAACAGACUCUUGACUCAUUUAUAACAAUAUUUCAACUGGUUCGUGUAUCCAUUCAGCUGAACCAAUUUAUGGUAUUUGGUGGCACAAAUUCUAGAAUCAUGCGAUACAAUAACAGCAGUACUGUAGUAUACGGUUCUGUGCCAAACGAUGACUACGAUUAUAACUGUUCAUGUGGACAAAAUUUUCAUUGUAGUCGUUCACAAGGUUUUUACUGUACCGCGUCCGAAUGUAAAAUCUCGGAGAAUAGGCCAAAUCAGACUAUACCUGGUUUAGUUCAAAGUUGUUUAUCUAUUGACUCUCUUCUUCUAUCAACACUCGAGUGCUUCUACAACUCAUCAUGCAUUCAAAUGCUCAUCGAAUGGCGUUCGUUUAACUUCACAGCUCAUAAAAACGAUUCGCGUUUCACUAACGUCACUCCACUCGAUCCAAUGCGUAACACUCGUUUUCCACCUAAGACCAAACUAGAAGACAUCGUCUCACAGCUAUUCAUCGAAAAGUGGAUCAUCGAAACUAACUUCACCGCAUUCUAUCAGCAAUGUGCACCACACACAUGUACUUAUACUUUUGAACAGCGUUUUAAUCGUGUGUUUAUUAUUGCAACAAUAUUUGGCAUCAUCGACGGUCUUUCCCUUACUCUUACGAUACUCAUUCCGUUCAUUGUCAAACUAUGUCGAAAAGUCAAUCGUUGCUGUCAUCGACAUCCUAAUGACAUUCGAAGAAAAGUCAUAUUGAAUGUAUGGAUCUCGCAUCGAAAUAUUCUUCAAAAAUAUGCAAAGUGCAAACAUUAUGCGCAGACAUUCAACUUGUAUGACAAACGACGCUUUCAUCCCUCAUCAGAUCCUCCAACAAUAACACCUGCUGAUAUUUUGUUGAUCGAACGACAGUGUUUCGCUACUCGUGUUUUUGUCAUUUUCUUCAUCAUCAUCCUUCUCAUUGUUAUCAACGUUCUUGCCUUCAAUGUAUCAGUGUAUUCGCUCACAAUUCCAUUUCCAUCCGAAUCAACCUUUGAAUCUCUUCAACGGAAGUAUUCAUCAAAGCUUUCUUGUCCAUGUUCACAAACUGCAGUUUCAUUUUCCAAAUUUCUCUCAAUCAAGGCAAGUGAAUAUCAUCAAAUCUGUUCAAGUGACUUUGUUUCAUUUCGCUUCUUGGAUAUUCUUUGGGGGAAUAAAAGAGCCCAUUCAUAUUUCAGCCCCGUUGACGAUAAAGUGUUGAGUACACAAUUUCGGCUGUUGGCAGCAUUAUGUUCUCUUGCAAACAGCACCGUUGAGGAAAGAAUACGAACAUUAUCGACUCGAGAACUCGUCACUCUCGAGCCAUUAUCACGACACUCAUUCGAUGAUCAAAUUCAUUCGAUUGUGAGCAGUUUUAUACGAGAAACGCCUCGUGAUUUUCGGCGAACACAUCAAUAUAUCAAUGACAUGCUUCAUGCUAAUCAAUUUCAAAAUUUUCUCUCGACAAAUUGGAAUCUAGUAACAACACUUGUUGGAACAUUACACUCUUUCUCGACAAGUCCAGUUUCAGUAAAUGAAAGUGGCCAGUUCUGUUUAUGUGAGAUUUCCUCAACAUGUACAAGGUCAAAGCUGCAGAAUAUGAACAACCAAGCAACAUUCGCCGGUUUCGUUGUCGGAUGUUUACCUGUUCAUGGCCUUCGACUUUCAACCCUCGAAUGUCUUUAUAGUUCAGAAUGCUUGAAGAGAUUAGCUAAAUUUGUCAACAGUUCAUUUGUUCCGUCGCCCUUAAAUCAAUCGAUUCCAAGUCGUUUCACACCAAUCUCAUCAACACCGAUCGGUACUCUGAUCGAUGAGUUGUUCAUCGAGUUAUGGCAGAAUUCGUCUAAUUAUUCGAGUUAUUACUCGAUAUGUGCACCAUCGAACUGUAAAUACACAUAUGUCGAAAGCAAUGAUUUUGUGCACAUACUGACUACGAUUCUUGGUUUAUAUGGUGGAUUGACUGAAGAGUUGCUUAUCGUUAUUUGGGGCAGUCUGCAGAUGUAUUGGAAGAUUCAAUAUCUCUUGAUUGAUGAAAUGAGUCUGGCUGGUUUGAUUCUACUCGGCAAACUCAAUCGAAUUCUUUGUGCCACCAAACAUGUCGAUCCGCAAAUUCCAUUCGGUGGUAUAAACGUUAUAUUCUUUGGUGAUUAUUUACAGUAUCGGCUUGUGUACGAUGCCUCACUACACACCGACUUUUCAUCGGAAAACAGAAAGAAAUCCAACAACAUGCGAACAGAAGACACACGAUAUCAUCAGUUACUUGAACGACUUCAUCAAGGUCAAUAUAGUUAUGAAGAUAAUGAAUUAUUACUGACGCGCGUUGUCAGACAGUCAUCAGUAUCUCUUCAUGAACCAGCAUGGAAUCAAGCUCCCAUGCUUGUGUUUAGAAAUGAAAUAUGUACGCAACUGAAUCACAGGUCGGGAAUUCAUAAUGCAAUACAAACAGGUUGCGAUCCAAUGGUAUGUAUUGCUCAGGACUUUUGUGAAGGCAAGCCUGUGGAAGAGCCCGCACUUCUUAAAAUUAUUGGAAUUAUCAGAUAG